AUCCCCAUCUCGACUUGCCUCGGUAUACUCGUUGAGACAACAACCAUUGUACUCUCACAGCUUUACUUCCUGCACCCAAUUCAUACUGCCAUUCUCGCUGAAAACGCCAUCUAAACCCUCCACCUCACGACACCAUGACCGUCACCACUCCCGAACACGUUUUCCAGCUCACAGGCUCCUGCAACAACUACCCUUGGGGCAAAAAGGGAAAACAGUCGCUAGCCGCUCAACUAUGCGCAAAGACCGACAAGAGCUUCCAGAUCAAAGACGAUGAGUUCUACUCGGAAAUGUGGUUCGGCGAUUAUCCCGACUUUCCAGCAAAGAAGUUCGAUACGGGAGAGCCCCUGAAAGACAUGCUAGAAAAGAACAAGGAGCAGCUGCUGGGAAAGAAGGUUAUUGAUAACCUCGACGGCCAACUUCCGUACUUGCCAAAGAUCCUUUCCAUCGCAAAAGCCCUCCCGCUCCAAAUCCACCCCAACAAGGAGCUUGCGACAAAGCUCCACAAGAAGGACCCCGAGAACUUUACCGAUCCCAAUCAUAAGCCGGAAAUUGCCGUGGCUCUGUCCAAGUUCGAAGUCUUUGCCGGAUGGAAGCCUCUUUCCGACAUUGUGCCUCUCUUCCAGCUUUCCUUCCUCCGCCAGUAUGUUCCCGCAGGGACCACCGACACCUGGACCGACGUCACCCUCCGUGAGAUUACCCGAAGUCUGCUCAAGGCUGAAGAGUCUAGCGUAGAAUUUGUCGCCCAAUCGCUUCUCAAGACCUCCAAGGAAGAUCUCGGACCCAAGAAUGCCUACAUCCCCGAUCUGAUUCCUCGUCUACAGGAUCAGUACGGCCCCAAGGAUCCGGGAACUCUCGUCGCCCUCCUCUGCAUGAACUUCAUGGUGCUCCAGCCCGGUGACUCCAUCUACAUCCCCGCCGAUGGUAUCCACGCUUACCUGUCGGGUGACAUUGUCGAGUGCAUGGCCCGCAGCAACAAUGUGCUCAACGCCGGGUUCUGUCCUCCCGCCGACCGCAACAGCUACGACUUGUUCUCCGAGACGCUGACGUUCCAAGCGCAUACCGCGGCGGACAUGCUGCUGCCGAGCAAGAAGAGCGAGAAGAGCAAGGAGGGGCGCACGGUGGUGUAUAAGCCGCCCAUGAGCGAGUUCGAUAUGCUCAAGGCUGACCUAGGAGCUGGGGAGAGCGAUGAGAUUGCGCCGAGCGAUGGGCCUGGCGUGUUGAUUGUUACAAGUGGCGAAGGGACAAUGCUGGCUGAUGGCAAGACAUUUGACUUGAAGGAGGGUUCCAUCUUCUUUGUGGCACCGGAGACGGCGGUUGUCUGGAAGACCGAAAAGGGGAUGCAAAUCCACAUGGCGGUUGUUUGAGGAGCGAAAUCCUCCUACGGUAAACCUUCUUUUCUUCCUCCCUGUUAAGCCCAGAUACCUUAUGUUCAUACUACUGGCACCCAAACAAGACUUGUACCAAACUUUCACCUUUGCUCCAAGAAAAUGUGAUCAUUCCAUGUACCUGGCUCUGUUCUCUCUUUCCUGGGUGUUCCAGAGACAGCAGCUAGUACUUCCAAGUCCAACGCAGGCAUACCAGCCCACCAGUGUACUGCAUGCAAGACACCUUCCCGUUUUCUCGAUUUCUUAUGACUCUUUCGGGUAUGCUUGUGGUCGGAUUGUUUGAAGACAUGAUGUGCUCUUGGACAUAGGAAGGAGCUACUAGAUACAAGUCAAGUAUCACCAAGCAACUGGGUACUGCGGUGAGCAUGUACUUCUCAAUCACG